GAUUGAAAGGUGAAUAUCAAGUCACCUUCUCUUUUUCUCUCUCUCUUUUUUUUCUUCUUUAAAUCUCCUACACGAGAAGUUAAAUUUUAAGUGUGUGAGUUGUGGAAUUGUUGGAAGGUCUAUUUUCAAUUCAUAAAUACCUCUCUUCUAGGCCAACCCUUUUCCAUAUUUUGCAACCAUUUUGCCAUACUUGAAGCUUCACACCAAACCUCUACAAAUAGCUACCUAGUGCAAAUUCUUAAGGUAUAACCAACCAACACUUGUUUCUUUCAAAUCUAACCCUAAAUUUUCCUUUUUGUUGUUCCUCUCUUUUCAUGCUAUCAAACAUGGAGAUACCAAGUGAAGGUGGAGAAGGAUCUUCCCAAAAGAAAUUGGGAAGAGGAAAGAUCGAAAUCAAGAGGAUCGAGAACACUACGAAUAGACAAGUCACCUUCUGCAAACGCCGCAACGGAUUGCUUAAGAAAGCUUAUGAAUUAUCCGUUCUUUGUGAUGCUGAAGUUGCUCUCGUUGUCUUCUCGACUCGCGGCCGCUUGUACGAGUAUGCUAACAACAGUGUUAGAGCAACAAUUGAAAGGUACAAAAAAGCAUGUGCUGCUUCUACUAAUGCAGAAUCUGUAUCUGAAGCUAAUACCCAGUUUUACCAGCAAGAAUCAUCAAAAUUGAGAAGACAGAUUCGAGAUAUUCAGAAUCUAAAUAGACACAUCCUUGGUGAAGCUCUUGGAUCAUUGAGUCUGAAGGAACUAAAGAAUCUUGAGGGUAGAUUGGAGAAAGGUUUAAGCAGAGUUAGAUCUAGAAAGCAUGAGACGUUGUUUGCUGAUGUGGAGUUCAUGCAAAAGCGGGAAAUUGAGCUGCAAAACCAUAACAACUAUCUACGCGCUAAGAUAGCUGAACAUGAAAGAGCUCAACAACAGCAACAAAACCUGAUGCCAGAAACAAUGUGUGAACAGUCUUUACCUUCACAGACCUAUGACAGAAACUUCUUUCCCGUAAAUCUUCUCGGAUCAGACCAGCAGGAGUAUUCGCGUCAAGACCAAACCGCUCUUCAGCUUGUGUGAAAAAUGCUGGAAAAAUGCGAUGAAAAAUCGUUUAUUAAUCUACUUGAAGAGUUGCAUGUAAUGUGUCUAUAUAGUAAAGAACCAUUUAUAUACAUGCAUGCUUUUACUUAAUUAACUAGAGUUGUUCAAACUGUGAACUAGAAAAGAACCAACAGUUGAAACCACAUAUAAUAAUAAUGAUGUUUAUGGAUCUUUUAAUAAUUAGUUUCUAAA